AGAAAUUCUUUUACCUCUAAUCUGGGGAUCAUCCAGUUUAAAUUAUUUUUUAAGUCUCAGCUAAAUUCCACGGUGAAAGGAAAGCCUCAGUCAAUUACGUGGUUGUUGUACAAAUAAAACUGCUGUACUGCAGAUAUAGAUAUAAAAACUCGGACACAGUGGUUGGUACUAGGAGGGAUAAAGGAUGAAGAAGGGCAUUGUGGGAGAUGUACUUGCAGGAAGAAGGAAACAUCAAUCAUGAGAGAGCCAGAGAAGAGGAAGAAUGGGAGGAAUGAGACAAGAAAGAUGGAGGAAGGGAAGCGUGAAAACUGAGGAAGAGGAAUAAGGAUUAGCAUCACAAAGAGGUAGCGAGGGCGUUGAUACAUGUCAGUAGAAAAUAAACUUCAAAACCUGACAUACUUGUCUUAGUCAUCUGGGAAAACAAGAAAGCUGGGAAGAGGUGCUCUACAGUUGGGGUUUCUGGGAGAAUGGAGUCAAAGCCUUGGCUUGUUUGGGAUGAGUUUUAGCAGCCGAGCAUAAAACUUGAAAGAUCUGCGCGGCAAACUUUUGGGUUGGCUGACUUGUAGCCUCAGAGAGCCAGAUUCAAGCAAUAAAACUUCCCGAGGGAGACACAGGAAAGGGAGCUCUGGAACGAGGCGGCUUUGGGGCUGCGGCAGGAGACGCAAGAGACAGGCGGAAACGGAAGGAGCGCGCUGGGACGGCCAACGUUCUACGCAUGCGCAUGCGCCUGGACCUUUGGGGUCGAGGCGGUCGCCAUGGAGUCUUCGUUGUCCUCGAGCAUUGGGAAAGGGGAAGGUGAAGGAGAAGGUGAAGGCGCAGGCGAAGGCACUAGUUCUAGCGAGGCACAGACCAGAAGUCCCAAGGAAGGAGAAAAAUUGCUGUUGACAGUAAGAAGGCUGAAGCAAGAAGGAAACCUAGAGCCUAGGAUUGAAAACAUGAUCAGCAGAAUUACUGAACUGUUGCAAGCUAAGAAAAUUGCAAGUGAGGAGCUCUCUGAGAUCCAAGCUCCUGAGCAAUCCUUGCAGAAAGAAUUGAAUGGAUUGAGCUUGGAGGAGGCACAAGUGAAAGAAAUCUUGAGCAGGAAGCAAGAAACUCUGAGGAACCUUUCCCUGCACUGCCAGGAGAAAGAAAUUGAGGCUCUCAGGCAGCUGGCAAUGACUGAAGAACGCAAGAAGAGGAUAACCAAGCUCAGCUCUAACAUCCAGGAAGAAAGACUCAAGAAAAGGAAGCAGAGGACGGAAUCCGGCCGGCAACUAGAGGGAAUGAUGGAGAAGCACAAGAGGGCAGACACAUGGUCCCAGGAAAUGAGCAGCAGCAGCAGCAGCCACAAGGAUCAGCUGAUGAUGGAGGAAAGGCAAAGUCAGGAGAAGCCUGGCAGCCUCCAGGCCCAGGUGGGCGCGUGGAGUGGACCUGAGGGUGGGGCUGAAGCCGCAGGUGCCAGCGGUGAGGAUACCUUCAUGCGGAGUGAGGAUGCUGCUGUAGCUGUGCAACUGCUUGAAGAAGAAAACAAGAAAGCUACAGAAGUCCUGGAAGCAGCCGCUCUCCACUAUCGCCAGCUGCAGCAGAAAUACCAGAGGAUGAAGAGGCAACUAGAAGCUCUUAGCGGCAAGCGAGUGUCUCAGGAGAGAAGCCCCGAGGGGGCUGCUGGAGGGAAAAGCAGCGUUGUUACCAAGGCUGUCAUGGAGAUUCCCAAAAAAGAUUAGGAAGUCAAGCCUGGCAUUGGCCACCCCGCUGGCUCAUCCCAGAGAGAGGCCUCGCUGAGACAAAGCUUUGUCUGCACCACGCUGGACACCCUUUAUCAUCUGGACCUCAAGCCUUGUAGCUUGGCCUCCCUGAAUAAAGAAUUCCUCCCUCUCU